UAUGACGAGCGGGGAAAAGUUUUACAGCUCAUAACUGAAUAGUUAAGACUUCUUUGCCAGCACACAAAAUGGUUUCUUAAAAGGAAAAUCCACACAAACGGCUAUAUUUGAACUAAUAAACAGAUAAAAUUAAUACAUGUCCUCUGAUAUACAACAUUUAUUGCAGUGAUAUGGACACAAUACACGACCAAAAACAAUACAUAUUACAAUAUGCGGAUGAUACUACAAUAAUAUCACAUGAGAAAUCAUUGAAAAGCUGCAUUGAUAAUCUACAAGAGUACAUAAAUACAUUAACAAUAUGGUUUUCCCAGUGGAGAUUGAAGAUAAACCGAGAAAAAUCCCAACUGAUAAUCUUCAACCAUAAAAUUAAUAAUCAGUCCCCACUAUAUCAAUAAACAAUAAAUUAGUCAAACCAACACAUUCAGUAAAAUACCUGGGAAUUCAAAUUGAUGUGGUUAACAUCAGAAAUUUGAAAAAGUUUUGCCAUGCCUUAAAAUACUUCUUGAGACUAGAGCGGUUCGUUUAUUACAUCCAGAUUGAGGGGAAUACACAUCUGAAGCAUUCGGCAAAGAUAUCUGAUCAACAGAUGUCGAUCUUUUUCGUCGGACGUUUUCGACCUAGCAAAACGAUUUUAUCCACAGAGUUUACCUUUGUCUAUGAAUUAUUGGAUUUUAUCUGUCUAUAAUGCUUGUUUGUUUAAAAAAAUCAACAUUUCGUCGUAGUUUGUAUUGAAAAAUUUCAAUACCUAACUUGUUAUACUUCUAUAAUUGGAUUUUAAAUAAAAUUAUGGGUAUGGAAUGCAGAUAACAAAUGAAUAGGCAGUGUGUAUAUUUUUGGAAUGAGAUAUCUGGUGGUGACUUUGGACAAUAUCAUCAGCAAGACUCUGGGGGACAGAUAAUUUUUUCGUGUAAUUAUAUAAAGCAUCGUGCAUGUUCAGUUUAUUCAGAAGAGCGAUGGACAUUCAAGCUAGGGAUAUGAAGAAAAAGGCCAAGCUUUUAAAAAGGCUGACCAUGUUUACAAUAUAUGAAGCGGACUGGUUUCAUUACUUCUAAAUAAAUGAGACAGACUUCAGUGAAUUUUCCACCUUAUUAUAUCGAAAUUAUGUAAUGGAUGAAGCAGAAGAAAUUUACUCCUUCAAGGGUGUCGACUGGGACAUCAGUGUCCCAGAAGUAUUUUAUAAAUGUCCUGUUCGGCAAUAAAUAUACUCAGCAUGAAAUUAAUUGGGAAUAUAAAGCCAGAUCAGUGUAUUCAAGUUUCAGAGAAAAAAUACUAUAUUCAGGAAAAGGACUUGAAGUUUGUCAGUCGGACCCGAGGCUUGUUGCUUUUCUGAAUGGUGUUAUUUUCAAGAAUGGGGAGUCAGUGAAAUUAUUGGAAAUCAAAUGUCUAUUCAUUGGUCAAAUUAUUUCUGCUGAAAAUACUGAGCACCAUUGCCAAUAUUUGAGAAGAGGAAAAGCCAGCUAAUUUGAAAGAAUGAAUAAACAUUAUGCUAGAGUCCGA